AUGUUGGACUCUCAUCUCUCUACAACACGGUUUCGCAAGGCUCAAAAUCUUGAACUGGAACCGAUCUCGUCGCCCACAGCAUUUCCCUACGAGAUCGAUCCGGGGCAUUGUUUUUCCGAAUCUACCCUCAGGCACUCUCCCCUCAAGCGAAGUGAUUCCGGAUUUUUUGAAGGAACCUGUCAGGUUGAAGAGAAAUCAAACUUGUUGGCAUGUGUCAAGGAUAAUAAGAGCCACAAACCUCGUGCCUCAACCCCAAAGUCUCACCCUGGCCAGUCCCCUAUACCACAACGAUUACGGGAAGUCAUCCGACAAGACCUCUGGAACCCCAACACUGUCUGCACGGUGCACCAUGGCUAUCGUCAUCCAGAUGUUUCUAAUGAUAAACGAAUCGCCGCGCUCUGCUCACUUGCGGCGAACUCUAGUCAAAACGUGGAGGUUGUCAAAUUCACAAGGGCAAUUUCUGGGAGCGGAGACGAGGCUCCGAUGUUCGAGACUCGCCCGUUGUAUGGCCCGGGUGCUCCUAACGUAGAAGCUCGCUUGCAAAAAUGGGCCGCUGCACGAGCCAUUGCACAGCGAAAACAAUCACGCACGAACGUUGCCACAAUGAAGAAAAAGCAAUGCCGAGCGGAUGGAGGACUUCUGGCCAGCUUGCAAGGGCGCAUCAACCGACGGCCAGGACGUACUGGGAUCGUUCAUUGUCAAGUGAACAAGCCUCUACGUUCAGAGAAGAUGUUGCUUUCCAGCUACGAAGAUGCUUUCAAGGGAUGGGAUGUUGCCAUGUCGAAAUCAAUCCCCGGCUAUGCCGACAACUACAAGAAGAGGCAUUGGUACAUAUCUCAAUGGGAUAAACCAAGUCCUAAGUGA